AUGACCGGCUAUCGGUUCCCCGUCGACCUCUCCCAAUUCAAAAACCUCAAGCUCGACCCUAAGAGCUCGAAGCUCUCAGCUGAGCAGAAGCAAGAUCUUCAGCACAACAUUGAUGUCUUUCGCGAUGCGAUCGUAGCCUUCACAGCAACUGGUUCCGCGCGUGGACUGGCAGGUCACACCGGUGGUCCCUUCGACACAGCUCCCGAAGUGUGUAUUCUGUUGGCAUUCAUUAACGCGAACCCCGGAGGAUAUAUUGACGCUUUGUUCGAUGAAGCUGGCCACCGGGUAGCUACACAGUACCUCCUCGCGGCAUUGGACGGCAAGAUCGAGCCCAACCACCUCCUGAACUACCGUGAUGCAGACUCGAAACUCCCUGGACACCCCGAACUCGGUCUUACACCAGGGGUGAAGUUUAGUUCUGGACGCCUUGGACACAUGUGGGGAAUGGUUAACGGUAUCGCCAUGGCGAACAAGGAAAAGAAUGUGAUCCUGUUGGGCUCAGACGGAUCCCAGCAGGAAGGUAACGAUGCCGAGGCGGCCCGUAUCGCCGUCGCCAACGACCUCAACGUUAAAUUGUUCAUCGACAACAACGAUGUCACUAUCGCCGGACACCCCUCGCAGUAUCUCAAGGGCUAUGAAAUCGGUCGCACACUCGAAGGUCAUGGACUCAAGGUCCUCCGCGCCGAAGGCGAGAACCUGGACUCGCUGUACGCUGGUGUCUCCGAAGUCAUCAACUACAAGGGCCCUGCGGCCCUCAUCGUGGACCGCAAGAUGGCCGCUGGUAUCGAAGGCAUCGAGGGCAAGAUCAACGCCCACGAUGUCAUCCCCGUCGACAUCGCCCGCAAGUACCUCACUAACCGCGGAUACAAACCAGAGGACCUGCAAUUCUACGACCUGAUCAAGGCCUCUUCAAACACCCACCAAUAUCUCGGCUCAACAAAGGACAAGGGCGCGAACCGUGUCAUAUUCGGUGAGGCCGUGAACUCUGUCCUUGACGGUCUUAGCAAAGAAGAAGCCGCCCGCCGGGUCAUGGUUAUCGACUCGGAUCUCGAAGGCUCCACUGGUUUGAAGGGCAUCCACGGCGCACACCCCGAAGUCUUCGUUCCAUCUGGUGUCAUGGAGCGCGGCAACUUCUCCGCAGCCGCAGGCUUCGGUUUCGGCUCCGACGGCACUCGCCAGGGCGUUUUCUCGACCUUCUCCGCGUUCCUAGAGAUGUGCGUUUCCGAAAUCACCAUGGCCCGGUUGAACGGCUGCUCCGUGCUCUCGCACUUCUCGCACUCCGGCGUCGACGAAAUCGCAGACAACACCUGCCACUUUGGUCUGAACCACUUCUUCGCCGACAACGGCCUCAUGGACGCCGAGAGCACGGCGCUCUACUUCCCCGCUGACGGCGAGCAGAUGAAGGCCAUCGUCCGCAAGGUCUUCUUCAACAAGGGUCUGCGAUUCAUCUUCUCCACCCGCUCCAAGGUACCCUACAUCCUCAAGGCGGGCAGCGAGGAGAAGCUCUUCGGCGACGGCUACGAGUUCACGCCCGGCAAGGAAGAAUUUAUUCGUCACGGCUCGGCCGGCUACGUAGUUUCCUAUGGUGACAUGCUGUACCGCUCACUCGACGCCGUCGAGCGUCUGCGCGCAGAAGGUCUGGACGUUGGUCUCGUGAACAAGCCGACGCUGAACAUCGUCGACGAAGACGCCAUCAAGGUGUACGGCUCAAGCCCCUUCCUCGUCGUGGUUGAGUCUAUUGCGCAGAAGACGGGUCUGGGCUCGAGACUUGGGACGCAUCUUCUCGAGAGGAAGCUCACUCCUAAGUACCGGACCUUGGGUGCUGUUAAGGAGGGCUCUGGUGGCUUGUACCAGCAGGUGAAUGCACAGGGCCUGGGGCCGGAUGAUAUUGUUAAGGCGAUUAGGGAUACUGCGGGUAAAUAG